AUGGCCGUCGGCUGCUUGCGCCUCGGGAUGCGCUUUCUAGCCCGCAAGGAGGGUUCCUGGCUCCGACUUUGUCAACAGCAUGUGGCACCUCCACUCGCGUCGCCUAGCGCUGCUGGCUUGCUGGUGAAUGCCGAGGAGUCGCUGUGGGUGGCGGCUGUGGAGCCGACUCUGCGCCCUGUUCUUGAAGCCCAGCGAAACUUCGUCGUUGGCGAAGAACUCCAAGUGCUGGUGGCUGAGCCCGGAGAUUUCUUUGGCCAUUGGAUUUCAGCUGAAAUUGCAAGCGAUGGCGACUGGCCCAGCAUGUAUCAUAUCCUGGUCAAGGCAGGUUCACUGACAUGUUUUAACAAACUCCCGAUGCAUCAACUCAUUCGCGAGGAUCCCGCAUCGGGCAAUUGCAUACGUCGGGAGAAUGUGCCCAUGUGGUACCUUCGGAAACCCGAAGAAGAUGACUGGCAGUAA